GACUAGUGUACAGAUGUAAAUUGAGAAAAGCGUACAGAGAAUUUGUUUUUUGUGGCUGGAAGUGGACACGUGUGACGUUUAAUUUAUAACGGAGAAGGCUUUGAGGGUGUGAGAUUUGAUGUAAGCUCAGAAGGCUUACUAGUGGUGAGCCGAGUCGAAGAGGUAUGGAAUGAGGACUGGAUUUGAUGGUGGGUCAUUGUGGCUGUGGGCUUUGAAAAAAACACUUGCGGGUCAAUUUCCAAAAAAAAUAUUUCUGAGUUACGGGGGGAAAAGGAAAAAGUUGGCAGCACUAGGAUCGCAACGAAAGCCCUACCCACUUUGGCCGUAGCAAACGGGGCUCUCGCGUCUCCUUCCGUGAAUCUCGUUGCCGGCGUCAGUUGCGUAGGUCUGGGCGCCGUAGCACGGACGCAGCGGAGGUCUGAGGUGGUGUUGCAGCCGUGGUGUCCAGCGGGGGACGUGGGUGCGUGUGAUCUGAGGCCGAGGGGUAGGACGACUUCCUUGCGCGAGGUCCCGACGCUGAAGGAUGCAGUGAGCCGUACGUGCCGUCUGAUGCGGAGAUCCGGCCGCCGUUCCACGGAAAAGAAGGCUGUGGAAGGUCCAAGGAAACAAAACUCUGCCGCUGAAACAACGCAUUUCCUGUCAGAUCUCAGUUUUUAUCUGAAGAUUGUCACUUCUCCCCCGAUUUGGGUUCUCGCGGUUGGUGGACACUGAUACAGUUCAAAGUCAGGCUAGAACUGUGAACCGAUAAGUCCGAUGGAUUUCAAUGGGAUUUUUGGAGCUGAAUUGGAAGAGUCGGAUGACAACAGCUCCGAUGGAGACCGUGGCUGUUAUUAUGCGAGUGACGAAGAAGGGGACGAGGAUGAAGGUGACCCAACAGGAUGCAGAGAAGAUGAAAAUGGUAACCUCUCAGGUGGUGCCAGUCAUGCCGGGGAUGAUGGGAAAAGUCGUCCAGUUGUCGCAGAGGAUUUUAUGGGCAGAGAGUUUGUCGGGGAGGAGGAUGCCUAUCUUGCUUACAAGGAGUUUGCUAGAAUGAGGGGUUUCGGGGUCCGCAAGGGCGAUGUGGGGCGUGUCGACGGGGUUUUGGUCAGGAGAGACUUUUUCUGCCAUCGACAGGGCACAAGACAUGCUAAGCACUAUGAUCGUCCUGAGCGAGUUAGGGAGGAGAGGUUGGAGAGUCGAACCGACUGCAAGGCGAAGUUGAAGAUUUUCUAUGAUGUGCAACGCAGUGUGUGGAAGGUCAGGAGCAUCUUCGAUGAGCACAACCACGAGCUUGCUCCGGCCAUGUUUUCACACCUCGUACCUAGCCAUCGCUCGAUGAGUGAUGGUGACAAAGCACAAGUUGAUAGCAUGAAGCAAUUGGUAUACCAACUGCGAAGAUAA